GUAGCGGUUAUCACUCCGGAUUCUGAUCACCUCAGUAUCUUCCGGCAACCCCGGUUCGAUUCCGGGCAAGACCUCUCUUUUUGCUCCCUACAACAAACUCCAUGAGUGGUGACAAAACGCAAUACCUGUGUCUGUCAGAGCAUACGCUGCUGCCGACUCUGUCUGGAAGCCUUGCUUUCAUUAUUUUUUCAUCGCCCAAUAUUCACUGUCGGUCUUGCACCGUCGAUGCCCACUCUGAAGUCUGCUGUGAAUGCAAUGCUUUCAAUGGUAUACAUAGAUAUGACAUGGGUCGUUUCGGACCUCCGUCUUGCUUUUUGCAAAUGCCAAUCAUCCUCAAGGGUGCCUUUCCCGUUCGCCAAACGCCUCGCAAUAUGAAUCUCCCUCUUGUCUCUCCAUUUAAAUGCCUCUGGCCUCCAGGAUGACCUCUGCGCGAUGGAACCGUGAGUACUGAUCUUCGAUCGCGUGGUUGU